UUUCUUGUACAUACACAAUUCUGUAACUGUGUUGUUGUCUACAAAAUAUUCUAUGUAAUUUAAAUAUGGACUUAGAAAAAUAUAUUGAUAAGUUAAAAGCGCAAUUUUUGUCAUGUUUUAAUAUUAAUUUAAUAAAUUGGGAGAAUCUAAAGGACAUAACCUGGGACCAACAGGAACUUAUUUUGAAAAAUGUAAUAGAAAAUGAAUUAAACAAAAAAUUUCCAAUACGGCGAAGUUAUCAGUUAUCAUUUUUAAAGAAAAUAAUUGAAUAUUUUGAGUUAAAUAAUAUUGAAAUUCACGACCGUAUAUAUGAAAGAUUUUGUGCUCUAAAUAGUACACCAAAUAAAGAGGAAAAUUUAGCCUAUAAACAUUAUCUUUUAGCUCAAAAUGAUGCCCCUAUAAGUCUUAAAGAAUCAAAAAGCUUUGUGGCAGAAGGUACAACUGGAUUAUGUAGUUGGCAAGCUUCCUUAUUAUUAUCAAAUUGGAUAAUUAAUAAUUCAGAAAAGAUGAAUAAUAAAACCAUAUUGGAGCUUGGUGCAGGAACAGGUCUCUGUAGUUUUACAGCUUUAAAAUGUUGUAAUCCUUCAGAAGUUAUGAUAACGGAUGGUAGUGUUAAGGUUUUAAAUUUGCUUGAAACAAAUUUAAUAAAUAAUUUUAGCAAUUUAAUUGAAAUCAAGUCUGAAAGCAAUUAUAGUAAAUAUUCUUUAAAAGAUGGGAAAUUUGUUUCAACAUUUUUAUUACAAUGGGAGAAUAUUGAAAAACUGAAUUUGGAUAAUAUAUUUUAUCCAAAUGUUAUUUUAGCAGCUGAUGUUAUUUAUGAUAGUUCAACUUUUACUUCACUUUGCAAUACAAUCGAUUACAUAUUUAAAUAUAUGAAAUAUGAAGUUAUAAUGUAUUUAGCUGCAACUAUAAGAAAUAGUGAAACAGUGGACGAAUUUUUAAAAAUUUUAGGAGAACGAGAUUUUACAGCUGAAAAGAUUGCAAUUGAAUCAGACAAACAAUAUUUUUAUUGGGAUAAUACAACACCCAUUGCAAUUUAUUGCAUUACCAAAGGGAUGCAAUAAUUCUAUUUAUUAAAUAUUUUAUUAAAAUAAUCAAAAUUUACUUAUGCAACUCAAAGACUUAUGAUUUUAAUAAAAGGGA